GGCGCACAGCUCGGCGGUCUCCUAGCGACCCGGGCCGCCGGGAAUACACAGCACCGAGGCCCGGCUGUCGUCCCGGAGCGGGGGAGACCAUGGCCGAGGCCUGGCGGCUGUGCGGACCGGCGGCGCCCACCCGGUUGCCGGCGGGCGGGACCUGCGGGCCCCGGUACAAGGAGGGUCUACCUUCCAAGUGUUUCACAAAGCACAGGCACAAGCUGACGUGUCCCACCUCCCUGAACAGCCUGCGGUGGACGUUUGUGAAGAAGGGACUGGAUGACUUCAGGAGGGGCUGCCCGCCUUGCAAGGGUCUGCUCACUCGGGGUCCUCAGGAGGCCUUUCUCCCCCAGAUCCAUCACCCAGCUCCCCGACCUGCCCCAAAGAAGAGGCAACACAGGCGGCCCAAGGAAACAGCCCUCUUUCCCAAGCUGUCCCCAGUGCCGCGAGCACGGAAGGCAUUCCUGGCGGACGUUGAAGCCCAGCUGACCCCGCAUCCUUUGGCUCUCUACCCUAAUCUGGGGCAAGACAUGCCUGUCGAGCUCUUAUUAAAGGUGCUGGAAGUGCUGGAUCCCGACAGGAAACUGGAGGACACAUGGGCUUAUUGUCAGGGCGUCAGGAAAAGAAAAAAGGAAUCAGCCAAACCUUUAAAAAAGCAUUCUACCCAAGUCGACCUGGGACUGAAGCAAGAUGGCCCAUGGGAAACACAAAUCCUCUGCUCCUCCCUUCCUGAGGGGAGCCCCACCCUGGCCCAGCACCACUGGGGCCUACAUGGGACAGUCUGCCCAUUUCUGGGUUUCAGUUAA